AUGACUUCACCCCUAAAGCGCUCGAUUCUCAUCACAGGCUGCUCGCCCGGCUCCGCAGGGCACGCGUACGCGCUUGAAUUCACGCAUCGCGGCCUCCGAGUCUUCGCGACCGCACGGUCAACCGAGUCUCUCUCGCAACUCGAGGCGAAGGGGAUCGAGACGCUUCCGCUGGACGUCAGCAGCACAGAGAGCAUUGCUGCGCUGAAGGCCGAGAUUGCGAGGCGCACGGGUGGGAAGUUGGACAUCCUGUUUAACAAUGCCGGGACUAUGUACGAGGCCCCGGCAGUGGAAGCAGACACUCGCCGCGUACGCGCAAUGUUCGAUAGCAACGUAUUCGGGCUGUUCGACAUGACGCAGGCGUUUCUCCCCUUGCUUCUCGCCUCCGUCUCGUCCUCGCAACCUCACGGCCCUCCCACGAUCAUCAACACAUCAUCGAUCGUCGCGCGCGUGCCGUUCCUCUUCUCCGCUCAAUACAACGCCACCAAGGCUGCCGUGGCCUCGUACUCCGACACAUUGCGCCUCGAAGUCGCGCCGCUGGGGAUCAAAGUCGUGACACUGUUCAUGGGUGAAGUGUCUACCGGGCUGAUGUCGCCUACUAACAUCGCCUUCGGGCCCGACAGCCUCUACAUCGCCGCGGAGGCGGGUGUGCAGGAGCGGAGUCGGCAGCACGCGGCCAAGAGCAUGAGGCCGGAGGAGCUGGCCAGGCAGGUAGUGGGCCAGGUUCUGGCGAAGCCGGGGAUGGGAAAGGCGGAGUUUGUCUGGAAGGGCACCAAUGCGACGUUGGUAUGGCUGCUGAAUGCGCUCGGCUUCAGGAAGAUCUUUGAUAAUACCGUCGAGGCCGGGGUUGGGCUGAGCCAGGGUUCGGUAAAGAAGGAGAUAUUCGAGAAGGGCCAGCGGAGCGUCAAGCCGGAGUGA